CAUUUCACUGAACAAAGGAUUUUGCUGGAAUCUCAGCGCUAGACCUAAAAUGGCGCCGACGCGCUCGCCCGGCCCCGCCCCGCAUGGGUACCAUAGAGAUGGGGCGGGACGGAGCGGCCAGAGCAGCCGCUCCCUGGGUCUUCUCUAUGCGGCCGUAGUUCGGCCUCGUUGGUGCGCGGUGAGGGAGGGAACGCAGACAGGAGAAGGCUCUGUCACAUCAUGGCGGGCGAGGGCGACUCUGAGCCGAAGAAGUCCUUUAAACUCCUGGGAUUUCUUGAUGUUGGAAGUGUCCCAUGUGCACGAGAAUCAGUGCUCUAUGGCUCCCUGGGAUCUUUCGUUGUGGGUCUUGGACAUUUUUUAGCAACUAGUAGAGUUAGAAGAUCUUGUGACUUUGCAGUCGGUGGCUUUAUUUGCACAAUGUUGGGAUACUGGUUUUACUGCCGGUACAAUUUGGCCCAGCACAGGAUCCGGCAAAGAAUGCUUAAGGAAGGAAUGAGAAACAAAAUUUUGUUUGAAGGCAGUUCUCUUGAUCCAGAACGAAAACAAACUGGCAAUGAAAGAAGUGAUUCAUAGGCUACUAUAGAGGAAUCUGUGGUCUAACACAGCUUUGGGAGAAGGUGGUCCAAAAAUGGCAGUCUUCCCUGUAAAUGCAUGAGGUGCCUGAAGCUUGUAAAUCAUGCUGGUUUUCCUAGCAAACACAAGCAAGAAAUUCAUAUCAGUUCUAUUCAGUUAGUACAAGCCUUUCUUUAUUUCAUGUAUGUAUGUGUGUGUAUGACUAUGUACACAGUGAGGAUUGACAUCCUAUUAAAUAUCUGGGAACUGAGGUGGUCUUUUUACAUGGUUUAUGAGGUCUGUUGCAAGGUUCCACUAUAAAUGGAAUGCUUUGUUUUAGCAAAUUGGUAACAAUGUCUCAUUUUCAUACAGGAAAAUAUUUUCAUCAUCUAUUCUCUGUGUAAAGGUGUGUU